AUCAGUAAGUUCAGUAAUCCAUCACAACAUUCGCUGAGUUCAUACCGUUUAACUUUAAUAGAAAAAUAUAUAAAGAUCCCCCUUGUUCCCUUGGGAGCCAAUCAGAUUUGCGUUACACGUCAAUGCAACAGAAUGGAGAGCGGAGCUACCGCGGAUCAGUGCAUAUGGCAUUAGCGGCCAGGGUGGGAUAGACAAGAGAGACGUUUCAGAUACAGUGCGAGAGAGACUAACAGUCACCCACUUGAGCACAACUUCGGACGAUACAAAUAUGACUAGUCAGUACGACGACGAUAGCCGCGACCGAAGCGAAUGUAAAAGCAAGUCGCCCACCGUGCUUUCCUCCUACUGCAUAGACAGUAUACUGGGCAGAAGAAGCCCGUGUAAAGUCAGACAACUGGGAGCGCAAAGUUUGCCAGCGCCCGUCAGACCGGACCACGACCAGUCCGCUGAAGUCACCUCGAAAGAAAACUCGUUUGACUCGGACAUGCACCUGCCGCCCAAACUGCGCCGGCUCUACGGCCCUGGGGGGAAGUACCUGGACUCCGGGAGGGGGUUUCACGAGCAUCUAGAGAAGGGUGAGAGGGAGAGACUGCUGGACCAAGCCUGUGAGAGUCUCAAAAUCAGCCAAGCGCCACAAGUCAGCAUCAGCCGUAGCAAGUCGUACAGGGAGAACGCGCCCUUCAGCCAGAGUGAUGAAGGCCAGAGCCCCGAGCACACGGCCCAGGAGCUGGUGGAGCUCAGCACGCUGAAGUUUGAAGAGGACGUUGUCAAAGAGGAGGCGUGCGGAGACGCCAGUCUGUCUCCCAAGGAUGAAGAGAGCCUGCACAACGAUGGGGAUGUAAAAGAUGGAGAGGACAGUGUGUGUCUGUCAGCCGGCAGCGACUCGGAGGAGGGGAUGCUUAAACGGAAGCAGAGAAGAUACAGGACUACCUUCACCAGCUAUCAGCUGGAGGAACUGGAGAGGGCCUUCCAGAAAACACACUACCCUGAUGUGUUCACCAGAGAGGAGCUCGCGAUGAGGCUGGAUCUGACAGAAGCGCGCGUGCAAGUUUGGUUUCAAAACCGAAGAGCGAAGUGGAGGAAACGUGAAAAGGCAGGUGUCCAGGCUCACCCCACAGGCUUGCCCUUUCACGGGCCGCUGGCAGCCGCUCACCCCCUGAGUCACUACCUGGAAGGAGGACCCUUCCCACCUCACCCCCACCCAGCUCUGGAGUCAGCGUGGACCGCGGCAGCGGCAGCAGCAGCUGCAUUCCCAGGCCUGGCACCGCCCCCAAACAGCUCCGCCCUCCCUCCUGCCACACCCCUUGGCCUAGGAACCUUCCUGGGCACAGCGAUGUUCAGGCAUCCGGCCUUCAUUGGACCUACUUUUGGCAGACUCUUCUCAAGUAUGGGUCCUCUGACCAGUGCUUCCACGGCCGCCGCUCUCUUGCGCCAAACUGCACCACCGGUGGAGGGUCCAGUGCAACCGCCGACAACCCUACCAGAACCACCUUCUUCCUCAUCCUCUACAGCCGCCGACCGCAGGGCAUCCAGCAUCGCAGCUCUGCGUCUCAAAGCAAAGGAACAUUCGGCCCAGUUAACCCAACUGAACAUCCUGCCGUCCGGCACAGCGGGGAAGGAAGUAUGCUGAUCCUUCUCCUUAAAAACAAAACAAAAUAUUAAAGAAACCAUCUCAACAAAAAGCACGACCAAAUCCAUAUAGCACUAGCACACCGGAGACCCGUUUGACACUGGAGUCGUCACCAAGUCACUGCGCCUCCCACUGGACAUCAUCACUAUAAUUUACACAGUGCACCAAACAUGUUUCAAAACCCUGAACAUAAAGAUUCUGAGUGUAAUGUAGGCAUCUCAGAGGGUAAGUUAGGGAGGCUGUGCUUGGUAAAGUCAUUGAAUAAGUCGGGUCUUUGGGUCAGGAGCAAAUGUGGUAAAAGACACAUUUACACCCACACAGAGAAGAAUCAGUGGAACCACACUGCAAUACACACAGAACUUGACAUUUCUUCCUAGUCUUCUCUCAGUGCUGAAGCAGAGAUGGGUCAAUAUGCCAAAGGGAACUGCCACAACCUGCUACCCAUCCUGAACCAUAUCCAUUCACGUUUGGCCUCAGUAUUGGCAAAACAAAUCAAAUUUCUGAAAACGAAUACUCAGCUUUACUUUCUGUUCGUUUCCAACUCUUGUGUUAAAUAUGAUAUUUAGGAGAGAAAAAAAUAAUGAAAAAGAAAUGCUUUGUUUGUUUUAAGGAUGAACAAUGUGAAAAUCUAAACUUUAGCCUGUUUACUGAUCUGUUAAGGGUAUCCUGUAUAUAUAGCUCUGUUUAAAAAAGGAAUGAAAAUGGGGGCAAAAUGACAAGAAAAAAAAAAAAGUUUAUUUCAAAAGAUGUUUUGAGAAUAUGCUCUCGGUGUAGUACUGUAGGAAUGGUUUCACGUAGAUUCAUCCUUUGUUCGUUUGAUUCAAAUUUUAGAUUUUUAGAUGAUUAUUUAUGUCUGCCCGGUAGAGAGCUUGAAAUCCAGACCGGGAAGUUUUGCUAUUCAGUGGGAAUUUUCCCUGUCGCGCGCAGGGACCAAGUCGGAAUAAAAGA